GUAACUUCCCACAAACGGAUACUAAUAAUAAAUCCGAUUUAACGUAAAAACAGUCAUUUUCGAGAAACUUAAAUGCUUACAACACAAAAAUAAUAAAAUAAAAAUAAACAUUUGUUCUCUUCCACUGUCUUGUCUGUAAUAAGAGCAAAGACAGAGAGAGACGACGUUACAGUAUCUCUCUCUCUCACACGAUCAAGAAAACUUCAUCAUUCGUCGGAAAAUAUCAUCUCCGGUAUUAAUGGAAGAUUCUAGACUUUUUCCGUUCGCCGGAAACUUAGACCCUCGUGCUCAAGAGUUUAUACCACUUAACCCUACCUCCUCCGGUUUUUACUUCCCGUUCACUCCUCCUUCACCGCUUCCUCCGCCGUUACAUCCGUCGUCGGAGCCAAGAGUUUUCACAUUCUUCAACAUCCCACCACAUCCGGUGAUGUUUUCUCCUCCUCCUUCUCAACCACCACCAUCACCACCACCGCGUCCGUGUUUUAACGGCGUUUCGGCAGCUCAACGACUUCCUCCGCCGUCAAAUUCUCCGACGCGAUCUCUCUCAUUGAUCUCCGUACCGCGUGACGUCACCGAGUCUACAGUGAGACGUGACUUGGAGGUUUACGGCGACGUUCGUGGCGUGCAAAUGGAGAGAAUCUCUGAAGGAAUCGUGACCGUCCAUUUCUACGAUAUCCGUGACGCUAAAAGAGCGGUUCGAGAAGUUUGUGGUAGACACAUGCAGCAACAAGCCAGAGGUGGAAGCGUUUGGAGCUCACCUUCUACUUCAUCGGCGCGUGGGUUUGUUUCCGGUAGACCUGUGUGGGCUCAGUUCGUAGUUCCGGCCACUAGCGCCGUUCCCGGAGGUUGUAACCAGGGAACGUUAGUUAUAUUUAACUUAGACCCUGAAGUCUCUUCCAUUACUCUCAGACAGUUUUUCCAAGUUUACGGUCCGAUCAAAGAGUUGAGAGAGACACCGUACAAGAAACAUCAAAGGUUCAUUGAGUUUUAUGAUGUAAGAGAUGCGGCGAGAGCGUUUGAUCGAAUGAAUGGUGAAGAGAUCGGUGGGAAGCAAGUUGUGAUCGAAUUUAGUCGACCUGGUGGAAUUAAGAACAAGUUCAGGUCAUCUAGGCAACCGCAGCUACCGUUUCAACCGCUUCAACAGCCACCAAUUCUAUUUCCUCCUUUGAGGCGGCCAGUAACUCUCAUGAAAGAUAAAAACAAGAAUGUGAGCCCUAAAAAUGGAAUUAUUGCUGUUGGUGCUUCUAUGCGUUCGUUAUGUAUCAUUGGUGAUGACGAUAAUAAGACCCGAGGAACGGAAUCCGAAUGUGCGGAGACAAAGAGCAAGAAUGUGGCUAAGUGGGGGAAGAAAAGACAGAUGAAGAACAUGGAACUAAGUCAGUUUCUUAUCAGUGAAGAAACCAUGGAAGAUCCGAGUUGCAGAGAUCCACGUACUACUUUGAUGAUCAAGAACAUACCAAACAAGUACAGUCAAAAGCUACUCUUGGAUAUGCUAGACAAUCAUUGCAUUCACAUCAACAAAGCAAUCACCGAGGAGCACGAUGAACAUGAGUCUCAUCAUCAGCCGUAUUCUUCUUAUGAUUUCGUGUAUCUCCCCAUGGAUUUCAACAAUAAGUGCAAUGUUGGUUAUGGGUUUGUGAACAUGACAUCUCCGGAAGCAGCUUGGAGGUUUUACAAGGCGUUUCAUCAUCAACGUUGGGAGGUUUUUAAUUCGCGUAAGAUUUGCCAGAUCACAUAUGCAAGAGUUCAGGGUUUGGAGGAUCUAAAGGAACACUUCAAGAGCUCUAAGUUUCCGUACGAGGCUGAGCUAUACCUGCCAGUGGUCUUCUCGCCUCCACGAGACGGGAAGAGGUUAACAGAACCUGUCUCCAUCAACAUCAACGGCUGCACCAGACUUAAUCAUCUUGAGCGAAUGGACGGUCAAGAUCACUCUCUGAGUAGAUCAUAUUGUGAUAGUGACCAUGAUAAUAGUCACGAAGAUGGAUUUUCCGGCAGUAGUAGCAUAGACUGUGGCCGGUGUAUCACAUUGGAAGGAGAAACAUCUUUCUAGGUGUUAUUUGUAAUGUGUAUCAUCAUAAGAUAUAAAAAGUGUAAGUAGACAUAUCAUAAUCUUGGUUAGAAAUUGUACCUUUUUUUUUUUUUUCUUUGGUGUGUAGAAAUUGUACCUUUUUGUUUGUCUGUUUGAUUCUAAAGUUCUAUUUGGUUAUCAACAUGAAUUAAAUCACUCAAGCAAAGUUCUUUUUGGUUAUCAUCAACAUGAAUUAAUGACUCCUGCACAGUUCUAAAAGGUCACAUCUAUAUAACUCUUUUCUUUUCUUUUCUUUUCUUUUCUUUGGUAUAAAGAAAGUAGUAAUAUUUGGAUUUAUGUUGAUAUUUUAAAAUAGGGAUAUAGAAUUGAUAGGAGACUAAAAUUGGGUUGACCUAGGGUAAGAGUUCUUUUUCAGGCAAUACUAUCUUUGUUCUAGAGUUAGCUGUCUUAUUCAGUGACCUGUGAAAGGGACAAUAGAAGACUCUGUGCUAGUGAUGAUCACAUUCUGUAUCUCCCUCUGAUUCAUGGGGCACUGACACGUGGUUUGAUAUCCACCUUACUUGGUGCAUGGCAGAGUUGAUAGUGAUCGUUGACUACAACUUUAAUCUUUUCGU